GCUCGACUGAAGAAAAGAACCAAACGACAAAACUAUCUCCAACUAAAAAGCACCCAGUCAGCGAAAUGAGAUUAAUGUAACGAUAGCCGAAAUAUUAUAUUACAGAACUCUAACGAUAUGUGCCUACCUGGCGACGGUCGCAAUAUCUAACGACGCGCCGCCGUACGAGAUAACCACCUUCGCCCAGCAGCCAGGAGUAUAUUUCGAAAAGGUCGGCAGAAUGCAUCCCGUCGAAGCUACUUGGAAACUAGUGAUAAAAACCGACCUCACCCCGUUCACCACACGUUUAGAACAAAUAAAGCGAUGCGUCGAACGCACUGAAACAACGUGUGAAACACUGCUCGCACACAGCAGCACAUGCAAAAAUCUCCACGCCAUAAUCAGCAAAGGGGAAAAGAGACUACAACAGUUGACCGACAGACUAAAGACAGUGUACAAAACACCGAACAAACGACGCGGACUAAUAGACGGAAUAGGCGUCAUUGCAAAAACGCUAUUCGGAACAAUGGACGCAGAUGACGACAAGCUAAUAAAUGAAUUAUCACUGUUACAAGAAUCAGACAGAGCGACAAAACACGCCCUACAGUACCAAUUAAGAGUAAUCAACGCAACAAUAGGGCACAUCAGCAACCUGGAACAAGUCAUCGAAGAAAAUGAAAACACCCUAAAAAACUUAAUGGAAAAAGUUAAAAGUACACUGGUCACACACAGUCGACGACACGACCUAGACGAACACUGCACCCUGAUCAAUGCAAUUAUCAAUGAUCUAACACGCGACGUGACGGACACAUUAGACUAUGUAACAUGUAUUAAGGAAGGAAAACUACACCCUAGGUUAAUUCCGAUCGAAACCAUAAUAACGAACCUAAAAGACGCAGCGAUAAAUUUACCGCAAGGACUAUACUUCCCAUUUAACCUACGACAGGAAGAAUGGUUAGACAUAGAAAAAAUUACGAAAAUUACCGCAUAUUGCGACGGCGCAACUAUAUUCACUAUCCUACAAUUCCCUCUCACCACGACGCCGACAUACGAAAUACUACACGUCAUACCAUUACCGGUACACAGUCAUGACAACAUUUUCGCGUCGAUAGAAGUAAACUACGAAUGGAUAGGAAUAGACACCGAAAAACACACCUAUGUGACACUUGAAAACUUACACGAAUGUAUUAAAAUAAAUUCGGAAUACCUGUGCGAACGAAAUUAUAUUGUAAAUAGAUUAUCCACUAGCGCAAUCUGCGAAACAGACAUGUACAUGUAUAAUAAUGAUAAGCACUGUAAUAAAAAAUACACCCUAGCGACCGAAAUUAUGUGGAUUCCGACAAAAAAUUCUUGGUUAUAUUCCACGUCUGGAAACGUACUAAUGACAAUACAAUGCAAAAACUAUCAAGAAGCAAAACAUACCAUUGUUAAUACAGGAAAGGUAACGCUAAAAGAAAACUGCAAAUUAAUUACAGAAAGUAAAAUCAUCAACUCCAAAAGGGUAACACAGACAAAAACCAUAGAGACAUAUUU